AUGGUUCCCUUGGUACUUGAAGACGUUACUCUUGCUCCUGGCGCCAAAAGAGAUCCUGCUUUGCCUAUCUUGAAGAAACUUGCCGCCGAUCAGGUUCAUCCUCUUCGAGUUCAUUGUUUCGCUUCUUCUGGGAAAGAUACGCCUCCUGUCGUUAAGGAGCUUCCAUCGAACUCUAGCACAUAUGUAUACGGGUUUGAGGGCGACUUCGACGCAGCGAAGAGAAGGCAUACCGGGUCGAAGAAGUAUCGGUUUAGCAAACCAUUUGCAAGUGGAUUGCUGGAUGCUGGCUUUGUUCAGCUCAUGCCAGGAGACGCCGUAUUUGCUCGGCCACCUGGUGGCUCGGAGGAUGGGACGGAUGAUGUACUUCAAGUUGUAGUUCUCUCCGCAUCUAACCUGUACUCGGAAGAUCUCGGCAAUAAUCUUCGCUCUGCGCGGGACGAGAUUCUUGGUCCAUUAGAUGAGAUGGGGCCAGAUGUCCCCAAGGACGGCCAAGGCGGCACGGCUGCAGAGCGCUCUGGAUAUUUCAAGCCAAUCCGUGGUGCCCGUGCCUACGGAAUAUUGUCAACAGCUCAGGCGGCCUCGGGUAAUACAUUUGGGCCUGGGCAGUUUAUGAAGGUAUCUCCCGAAGACCACGAUAGUGAUGGUGUGCGCAUACGCACACACACUCUGAAGGCAGUUGUGCAUGCAGCCGUUGCAGCGUCUAAGUAUCUUCCUCUGGAGUAUCAGCAAGUAUUCCAAAAGCAGUCUGAUCUUGUCAACGCUCCUCGGUUUGUGUCGGACGACAAUUACCACUUCAGUUCUGUUCAAGUCAAUCUGGCACGCCCGGUAGAGUUCGGAACUGCCAGUACUCAAUUGAAGGAUCUGGGAGCAUUUGGAGAGCCGCACAUAGACGACCAUGAUCUUGCAGAGGGGUUUACGGUCAUGUCAGUCUGUUCAAACUUUCAGGCUGAUAUAGAUCCCGGUGAUUACGAAGUCUACUAA